AUGACUGCCGCUGCGUUCAAGACUCACGACCAAGCGGCAGAAGUUUUUCGAGGAAUUCUUGAAGUAAACAAAGAGCAUCUGUUGUUUGCGCUCAGCGUUUGUAUUUCACAAUUCAAGCCUCCCGUCCCACCAGAUCUCGUUAAAGUCCACUUCAUCGAAUUGGGGAAUCCUACGUUGAUUCAACGCGAAGCGAAUCGUGCAGAGGAACUAGUGAGCGAAGUUACUCAAGAUUAUAAUCGUCCCGUUGAAUUUAGAACUAAGGAAGGUCCCACGCACCACGCUAUCGGCAACGUAAAGUGCCCUUGCGAGCAUACUGAAGAAAUUAUGGACUUCAAUUCAUACUUAGUUGUUAUUGAGGUCCGCAAAUCGCCCGAUGGUACAAUUUAUCAAAACGAGGAAGGAUGUGCAUACCGUCGUCGCUACGGUUCCAACAAAAUGAUUAUCCUGAAUGACAUUGUUGCGUUGAUGAGCAAAACGCCAGUGCCUCGCUAUUUGGAACAUAUGCUUUGUUAA